AUGUCUUCGCAGCAGAUAUCUGAAAAUCGAAUAAGAUUAAUUGAAAAAGGAUUCCAAACCAAUGAAAUUGUCGGAUUUCUGGAUGAAUUGAAAAAUUUUGAUGGAUUUGGCAGUGGGAAAGGUUUUCUCAGGUGAGCGUUGAGGAAUAAACUCAAGGGUAGAACGAAAGCUUAUGGGUUUCUGCAUCUUCAAUAUUAUUUUUGGCACUCUUAUGGUUGGUUUUUAAAUUUCUUUUUUUUUAGCAAGUUUAUUCGACAGAACCUGAAGCCGUUUAUUGAACACCGGUUGACAACUCUGUCAACUCUCAAUCGAAAUGAUCUUGGGAAUGAACUCCCUGAUCUUCUUCUUGCAAUUGUUUAUUUUACUGAGGAGGUAAGAGAAUUCAAACGACUUUAUGUUUUAUUUUUAGGUACAUGAACGAGUCAAGCUGAAAGAAGCAGAUGUAAUGUCCUCGGUUUUCACGAGGAAUCUUUUUUCGAAACCUUUCCUCGAUCACCUUGAACCUUUGAUGGUCAGAUUAUUCAAAUAUCACUUUUAUUUGAUGAGUAAGACGAGAAACGAUGGAAAUAUGGAGGUAACCGUUUAUGUGGAUUCUGGAGAAGGCCCUGGCGUUGAUGUUAUCGGAUUUACCUCAAAAUUGCAAGCCUCGAUUGAUGAAUUGUAAGUAAAAGAAAUUAUAAAUUGCGUUUUUUGGUUUUAUUAGAGACUUUAGUAUCUAUUUUAGGUCAUCAGUCCCAUAUCUUGCAGAUUUUUGUCGAUCUUCCUUGGUAUUAGCUGCACAUGGAAUAACAACUUCGCUAGUCGAGGAUUAUGCUUCUCAAAGGAAAACAGGGAUAAGAGUUAUUUGCUUUAAAGCGGUAAGCAAAGAAUUUAUAUUAUUACUCUAGAUUUUAGAUAAUGAUCACAGUGAAGAAGUGGCUGGAACGAUGGGCAUGUUAUACCCCGGAGUUUGAAUCGACUUUUACGGAAUAUUUUGAGAAGAUUGUUAUAUCCAGGUUAUGCGCUGAUGUAUGUCAAUAUAGAAAUAAUGGGCAUAUUUUAAUGAGUACUGUAUCAUUUAUUGACUACGACAUUUUUUUAGUCUUUCGACAUUUUUAUUGCCGAUUAUCCCCGAACACUCCGUUUGAUAGAAGAUCUCAAGGUUUUGAUGGCAAAUCGAGAUUGGUUUGGCCGAGAAACGCUUCUUCAGAAUCUCAGUGAGACCAUCUGCACUAGAUUACUUCAUGUUGGUAAGAAAUUACAGUUAUCUGAUACUAAUUUGUAUUGCUUUAUAUGACGAUAUCGUUAUUUUAGGUGUCCACACUCGUGAUAUCUUGAAAGCGUAUGCUUGCGCAGUAGAGUCGUUGAUCGCCUUUGACGAGAGCUUUGUUCUUGUUCACAAAGUGUGUGAUAUGAUAAAGAAGUACGUGAAGACAAGGCCCGAUACUGUAAGGACCAUCAUCCAUUUCAUAACGGCCGAGAAACCGGGAAAAUAUUCUCAAAAUGUGGCACAACUGGUGGAUAAAGAUCAUUUGACAAAUGUGAAUGAUGAAUAUGUGAUUAUGAUGGAGGAAGCGAGUAAAAUGACCUGGGAUGAAUGGAAACCCGACCCAUAUGACGCGAAUCCAAGUAAGAUUUAACAUGCAAAUGACUAUUUGGCCAUUUUUUAACAGUUUUACUGUAGCCGAGUUUACUUUAUGGCUGUAAAAAUUGUUUUUCAGCCGAAUCCCGCCUGUUCCGUGAAUCGGCCGACGUCUUCAACAUGUUGGUGUCCAUUUAUGGAAGCCGGGAUUUGUUUGUAAAAGAGUAUCAACAGCUACUGGCUAAUAGUUUGAUUGCCAAAGGGUGGGGAGAGCAUAAGGACGCCGAACAGAAGUACCUAGAAACGAUGAAGAAGAGAUUCACAGACGGAGAGUUGUGUCAUUGUGAAGUUAUGUUGAAAGAUAUUGGGGAUUCCGAGAGAUUAUUCAAAUUCGCCGUUUCUGAGGGACUGGUAAGAAAUUUUUUAUAUUCGAUUUAAGUGUUUGUUACUGAAUGAUUUUCAGAGAAUCCCGUUCUUCCCAAGAAUAAUAUCUUCAGUUUUCUGGCCAGAGACAAAAAAGGACGCAAAAUUUGCGGUUAGUUAGUUUAAUAGAACUUUAUAAAUGUUUUAUUUAGGUCACAGAGCCGUUCAAGGGCUACAUGGAUCAAUUCAAAGCAAAUUUUGAGAAGAAGCGGGAUAAAAGGACCAUAAAUUGGUAUAAAGAUUACGGUAGUUUGGUCAAGAUGGAUGUUAAAAUACGAGAUUGCACACUAUCGGUAGAAGCCCCAUUAAGCUUCACUCAAGUUCUAGUGGCGUUUUGUGAAAAGGGUAAGGAUUGAUAUGAUAUUUUUUAAGGUUUUUACAGUAGGACGUCACUUGUUCGAGCUUAAUAUAAUUUUCAUGAUUUUAGAAAAAUUUGAUGUGGACGAGCUGGCAGACCGCUUCGAAAUGGACAAGACCUCGGUAAUCAAGCGGUUGGAAUUCUGGAAAGAAAAAGGCAUCAUCUCUGUGAACAAGGAGAACUCUUCCGAAUGGUUAAUAUGCGAGAAUCUGGCCCAGAUGGAGAGAGCUGUGAAACAGGCCAAGACUAAAGUCACAGUGGAAGAACAUCUGGAAUCAGAUGAGGAUGAAGAGGAGGAGAUUCCAAUUGAAGAACAAGUUGAUGCGUUAGAACAGUAUUGGAUGUACACCAAGAACUUGGUAAGUGUAAUUGACUUUUUAUGUAAGUGUAAUCUUAAAUUCUUUGUGUUUCAGCUGUUAUAUCACAGCUCGAAAGACCCUCUGACUCCAGCUAAAUUGGUAGCCAUGUACAAGAUGAUCGUCGCCCCUGAGCCGCCUCCUUCCCUCGAAGCUGUCAUGAUGUUUAUGCAGAGAAAGGUCAAAUUAAAUCUGGUGGUAUUUGAAAACGGGCAGUACAAGCCAGAUAAGGAUCUCCGAACAGUAUUUUAG